AUGUCUAGAGCAGGACCAGACUCUGUACUUCGGCCCUUGGGCAUUUUCGAAAAGUUCAUGGUCACGCGAAGUCAGCUGGGCGUAUACCAUAAAGUCGGGGUUACUGCAUUCUACUCAUUCGACCGCAAGACAACAACACACAGCCUGAGAUCCGUCUUAUACUCGGCGCUCGCACUCGUCAUCUCGCGACACGCCAACCUCUCAAUCACACCCGUGGACCCUGACUCGUCCGAGCCAUACUUCGCCCGCCUCCCGUACGUCGACCUGGAUGAGGUGGUCACGUUCACCGAGAUCGACGACGUCCUGGACGGCCAAGGGAGACACCACCCGGUUCUAGACGGCUUUCUGGAGCGAGAGCACAGUCGACCGUGGGACCUUGAGGUGCCGUUACCACUGUGGCGACUCCAUGUUCUCCAGCAACCCGGCGACGAAUCGAGGUUUGUAUUAAGCUACAUGUUCCACCAUGCUGUGGGGGAUACGAAGAGUGCGCUGGUCUUUCAUCAAGCGCUGGAGAACUCCCUGAACAACCCGACAGAGACCGAGGGGCCGUCAAAGGUCGUUUCGCCGAACUUGCCACUCGUUCCACCAUUGGACGCCUUUGUCGAUACGACGAGAGUUGUGGACGGGAAUGGCUCAGAGGAACCAGACGGAUUGUGGACCGGGGCAAGACAGUUCCUGCCUGUUCGCACCAAAUGUCGAUCUCUGCGGUUCGGGGCGAACGACUCGGCAGAGUUCCUACGGAUGUGCAAAGGUCACGGCGUGUCGCUCACAGCGGCGAUACAAGCGAUGCUAGUCAUGGCUCUCUUUGAGAAGGUGCCCUCGGAAUACACGGCGCUCAAGACCGACUGCCCCAUCUCGCUACGUGAAUGGCUUCCGCCACCGGUCAGUGCAUUAUCCAUGGGCAUAUUCGUGGAUACGUUCCUCGAGACACAUCGACGGUCAGACUUCUUGGUGGAUGGUGCAAAGGGCCCGUUUGCAUGGGUGCACGAUGCGCAGCGAACAAAGAGGAGGAUUGACCGUGCUGUACGGGAGCGGAGGGGCGAUGGGCUGCUGGAGAAACUGGUAUAUAUCAAAGAUGUCAGGGCAUUGACAAUGGACAAGAUGGGCCAGCCUCGGGUGACGAGCCUCGAGUUAUCGAAUGUUGGAAAACUGCCAUCUCUGAAGGAGGACAGACGUGCAAUGAUCCAAGGCUUGGUGUUCAGCCAGUCUGCUGGAGCUGUCAGUGGAGCGAUCAAAGUCAGCUGCGUCACGGGGAGGGACGGGAGGGUCGUGUUGGGCUUUACAUGGCAAGAGGGCGUUGUGGAAGACGUGUUCAUGGACGGUCUAGUGGAGGAGUUCCAGGCAAUCCUGGACCAGGAUCUACAAUGUUUUCAGAAGACGCCGAUGAAUUAG